AAGAAUAUGAGCGAACGUGUUUUGCGAAAAGAAGUAGACGUGUUAACAAACGUAUGGCAAAUAGAUGAGGAUGAAGUGAUGUCAAGAGAUUUAGAACUACUCGGAUCGGGAGCAUCUGGAAGGGUUUACAAAGCUUCUUACAGAAAUAUUAUUGUAGCUGUAAAGAAGAUGAUGGCUGUCGGUUUUCGCAAAUCUAUAGAAGACUUCGAAACGGAGAUAAAGUUCAUGAGAACUGUAAGACACAAGAAUAUCGUUCUCUUCAUUGGUGCAGGAAAGUCACAACCUGGAGACGUUCCCUUUCUUGUCAUGGAAUAUAUGGAGCGAGGAUCUCUAAGAAAUGUACUAUACGAUUUAUCGAUUGAUAUCGACUAUGAGCGUAAGCUAUCAUUUGCCAUGGAUUCAGCAAGAGGUAUGCAUUUUCUUCACACGUUGGAACCGCCUCGAAUACAUCGAGAUCUGAAAAGCGAUAAUCUACUGGUAAGCAAAGACUGGAUUGUUAAAGUGGCUGAUUUCGGUUUAGGGAGGGAUGUUACCGGUAACGUCAGAAGCAACGACGGACAACAAAAUAGAUGCCGAUAUCGCUCAGAUCCACAAACUAUUCCUUUACUUCCCCAACGAGAUGGUUUGUCUUUCUCAGGUGUCGGAACCGCGAGAUGGCAAGCUCCAGAAUUGAUUCUACGAGAGCCAUACGAUACCGCAGUAGACGUUUACAGCUUUGGAAUUGUGUUGUGGGAAAUCUGGACGCGACAGCUUCCAUUUGGUCAAUACAGAUAUCAUUAUCAAGUGAGUGAUGCGGUGAUUGACAAAGAAAGGCCUGUAAUUCCUCGAGAUUGUCCACAGCCAUUUGCCAUUAUUAUGAAGAACUGCUGGUCACCCAGACCAUCAGACAGACUUUCGUUUGGCCAAGUUAUUUCGCAACUUGAAUCGCUACAGACCAUCUAG